AGAGAGAGAGAGAUGGCGGUCGGAGGGUUGGCGGUCGACGGAGGCAAGAUUGAUGGCCUCGGUGGCAGGAUAACGCUAUCGGUGGUGAUCGCCUGCGUCGUGGCUGCGACGAGCGGGCUCAUCUUCGGGUACGACCUCGGAAUUUCAGGGGGUGUCACUACAAUGGUUCCAUUCUUGAAGAAAUUCUUCCCCUCGGUACUAAGGAAGGCAGCCGAGGCGAAGACGGAUUUAUACUGCAUUUAUGACAGCCAAGUCCUAACGGCAUUCACAUCCUCGCUCUAUCUCGCUGGGUUGCCCUCGUCCCUCUUGGCAAGCCGCCUCGCCGUAGCAUUCGGUCGGAGAAACAUGAUGCUUCUCGGCGGCUGCACCUUCCUUGCCGGGGCAGCCAUCAAUGGCGGAGCUGCCAACAUAGCCAUGCUCAUCCUCGGGCGGAUCUUGCUCGGAUUGGGUAUCGGCUUCACUAAUCAGGCAGCUCCAUUGUACCUCUCCGAGAUGGCCCCACCAAAAUGGCGCGGCGCCUUCAACACCGGCUUCCAUUUCUUCCUAGGCACUGGGGUGCUCUGUGCCAGCUGCAUAAACUUCGGCACUGCCAAGAUUAGCUGGGGUUGGCGCCUCUCCCUUGCCUUGGCUGCGGCCCCGGCCGCCAUCAUGACCCUCGGCACCCUCCUCAUCUCCGACACUCCUGCGAGCCUUGUGGAGCGCGGCAAGCUUGCUCAGGCGAAGCAAGCGCUCCUCAAGGUGCGUGGCCACGACACUGACAUCGAGCCCGAGCUCUCAGAGCUCAUCAAGUCCAGCGAGGUAGCCAAGGUCGCCAAGGAGGAGCCAUUCGUAAUGAUCUUCGAGAGGCAAUACAGGCCUCACCUCGUGAUGUCGAUAGCGAUCCCGCUCUUUCAGCAACUUACAGGGAUCAACAUCAUGACCUUCUACGCGCCUGUUUUGUUUCAGUCCGUGGGAUUCGGGAGUGACUCCGCUCUGGCAGCGACUAUACUACUUGGAGUGGUGAACUUGGGAUCGAUUCUGGUGUCCAUGUUUGUGGUGGAUCGUUGUGGGAGGAGGUUUUUGCUCAUCCAGGGUGGAGUGCAGAUGUUCCUCUGCCAGGUUGGUGCGGCAUGUGUCUUGGCUGUGACGACCGGCACUUCUGGCACGGAGCGCAUUGGCAAGGGUUACGCCAUACUACUGCUGGUGCUGAUGUGCAUCUAUGUGGCCGGGUUCGGUUGGUCGUGGGGUCCCCUAUGCUGGCUCAUCCCGAGCGAGAUAUUCCCCAUGAAGAUUCGUCCCACGGGGCAAAGCCUUAGCAUCGCCGUGUUGCUCACACUUACGUUCGUGCUGUCGCAGACCUUCCUGGCCAUGUUGUGCGACUUCAAGUACGGCAUCUUCCUAUUCUUUGCCUGUUGGAACGCCGUGAUGACGAUCUUCGUGGUGCUCUUCUUGCCGGAGACGAAGGGGAUUCCUCUGGACUCAAUGCAUGUGGUGUGGGAGAGGCAUUGGUACUGGCGUAGGUUUGUUAACAGGGAAUCAUACUAGCUCGUGUCUUGUCCGUGUUGAUUUGAGAGAGAAAAGAGGCGGGCAACGUACUGAGAUUCUGAGAGACACAAGGGUCAGUAUGAGCAAGGAUAUCUUCAUGUGUUCAUGACUUG